GCCGAACCCUUAUCCGCGGGCGUGCUCAAUACCCCGUAGCUUUGUGUAUAGAGUUUGUAGCUAAAAUCGAAAUACAAUACUGUUCUAUUCCGGCAUAAUUAAUAUACAAAAAUGUACGAGCGCUCGGCAGUAAUAUUAUUACAAAUAAUUGGCCAGGAUUUGUAAAGAAAAUAUCAUUAUUAUUAAUAAGACCUUCAAUCUUGGCUGAUACAUCUAUAAAUAAGAACACAACGGCUUAAUGUCGGAUCGAUUCUUUGGGAACGAGUUUGAGGUCAAUUCUUACUUAAAACGUGCUUUAGAUCUAUACCGGUUGGACUUAACUUUUAUGUGUACCAAAUUAUUAAAAUGAUACGAUUUCGAACUAGAACUGAAAAUAGGAGCGUUUUAAAAUGAGAAUUUUGAGAUAUGUUAAGGAUUUUGUUGUUGCUGUCUGUAUGUAAACGUUGGAUUUGUUUUCAAGUGAGGGGAUUAGAUAACUUUGUUUGAUUAUACAGAUAAACUGUGUGAACUAUGAACAACAAACAGAAGGAGGUUUUACAUCAACACCGCCAUUUUUUAAUAAGGAAUUUACAGUGGUCGGACGAUGUAGCUAACAAACUGCUGGCUAAAGGAAUUAUUACGGACAGUUUUCUUAAAGAUAUACAGAAUAUUAAAGGCGGAAAUGACAGUAGAAAGAUUCUCUCUAAGUUACUGGACAUUCUUCCUCUAAAAGGAUCUGGUGUAUUUGAAAAGUUCUGCGAAUUUCUUCUCUUAAAUGGACAUCCAUUCAUUGCAGAUUUCCUCAAGGAUGAAGAAAAUUCAAACACAGAUGUAUCCGACCUCAAAGAAUUGUAUAAAAGAAUUCCUUCACUGGAAAAACAACUUAAAGAGGCCGACAAGCGGACCCUCGAGUAUUUUAUUAACGAGAAGGUGAAAGAAUCGAACCUGAAAGGUCUCUGGAGCAAGGAAGCAAUUGCUAAGGAAAAAGACAAAGCUAUAGAAGCCAAACAAAAACAGUUAGAGGACGCCUUUGCAUAUGAAGACAAAGAAAAACGAAAAAAUGAAGAAAUUACCGAGUUACAGAAAAAGCUUUCACAGUCACGUGAUGAAGUUAUAGAGCUCAAAUCUCAGUUAGGUUUCAUUGGCUCAAAGUUGAAAGAAACGGAAGAUAAAUUUCAGUCUGACUUUGGAGUACAGUUGAAGUACAAUAAUGCCAACGAGAACGCGAUGAGGAAGUUACAGGAAAAGCAUGAACAAAGCGAAAAAGUAUUAGAAAACAUUGAUGCAAGUAUUAAGGAUUUGGUGCAUAUACCACAAAGAAAUUCUGAACGUGAUCAAAUGGCACUAAUGGAAUUUAAAUUCUGUUUUCUGGAAGAAAAUUUCAAGAAAUUGACAGAAAAAAUAAAUAAGCUACAGGAGACUGAGAAACAAUAUGAAAAAAUGCUGCAUGAAAGGAAUUACAUCCUUGCUCAUCUUGGACACUCUAAGGAGCAAGAUAAAAGCUUACUGAACGCGUACAGAGAUUUUGCUGUGAAGACGGACGAAGACAUGAUGACAAUGAAGGAACAACUUCAGAAACACAAUAAUAUCAUAGAAGGCCAGCAAGAAACUAUAGAAAAUUUACACAAAGAAGUGGAAACCAAUGUAACCCAAAGAAAGGUUAAACAAGCAGGGACGGUUUGGCAAAACGCCAUGAUGUCUGUUAUGAGGAAACAAUUAAGUGAUGUGAAACAUGACAACAGAGUGAAAGACACUAGAAUUAAACAUUACGAGGGUGAAGUAGCUAAAUUAAAAGCAAGGAUUGCCGAAUUAGAGUCAGCUACAGCAAGAAGUUAUAACCAUUCAUCUACUCACAGCCACGUGCACAAGGACUUAAUAAGCCCAGACCAUAAUAGAUUCACUCCUGCACUACAUACAGAUGAUGAAGACAGUCAGCUUGAUAACCUUGAAACCAAAAGUAGGAGAAAUACACUAAUUCCCCCUCUUGGCGGGAAAGUUCUUUACCAAGCGUCUGAAAUGCGCAAACCACAAGCGCAAUCGCCAAAACGCUCGAAAGCAAAACCAAACGUCUACCAAAAAGGAAUGUGGUCGUCUCCGAAUGUUGCUAUGCCACAGGCCUUGCAUACGCAACAACUAAAAAUAGAAAAUAGAAGUUUAGGUCCUAAUGAUAAAUUAGGACACAUGGGUCACGGACUUGGUGGUUUAAAGGCACUGCAUGGGAAACAAGGAAAGCCUGCACAUGUUCGAACAUGAGAUAGAUCUUCUAUUUAUUCUAAAAUGGCGUUAAGACGAUCUCAAGCUUAUUGUGAUUUUAACAUUUCAGAUUAGAAUUAAUUUCAACUGAUUUUUUUAUACAUGUACCUUUCAAAAAAAGAAAACUUUAUAGUUUUACAAUUUUCGGAUUUCGGAGCAGUACUAAUUUAUAGUACAUGUUUCCAUGGUGAUAUCAGCAUUUAUUACUUUCAAUUUAUUUUGAACCACAAUGCAUUUUACCAUAUCUUUGUGAUAGUCAUUUACUGUGAUAUUUAAAUUUUUUUCACAAAUUAGAAAAUAAAAGAUAUUGUUUUGA